AUGUUGAUUAUAAAUAUUAAUAUUGGUGAUGAAACAUGUUUGAUUGAUUCUCUAGGGAAACCAUUUGGAAUAUUUAGUGGAAAAUUCUGGUUACACGGAGAUUACGAUCAAUGCUUGAAUAUUGAAGUUAUAGACGAUGAGACCAGAAAAAAUGAUAAAAAAUUAAACACACUGCAUGGAAAAUUUUGUGCAUUAACUAUUGGAUUUAAUUCAUAUGAAUUCAAUGAUGUACCAGUAGAUAACAAUACUAAAAAUAUGCUUAGAAUGAUGAAAGAUAUUGUUAAACCGUUUCCAUUGAGUAAAAUAAUUGAUAUGGUCAAUUACUCCAAAGUAUUAUUUCGUGUGGAUAUUUGUGUACCGAGCACGUGUAGUAGAGAAGAUGUAGAAAAUAUUCUUCAAUGGGCAAUGAAAGAUUCAUACAGAGCAGCGGUGAAAUUCUGCAAAAUGAAAGACGAUAAGAUUCGCCUCUGUACAAUUCAAAUAAUUUGCAUAACUGCAAUCAGCAUCUUUAUCACAUGCGUUUUUAUUGGAACAUUUCUGGAGACUCUGAUUAUACUGAAUAUAGUUAAUGUUCGUUGCGAUAAAGGGAAAAUUUUACAGAGCUGCGUUUCAGUAUCCUUAAUUACAUCGAAUCAAAAACUUUUCACUACCGACUUCAAUAACGAGACAAGAUUUAUUUGUGGAAUUAAAUUCUUACUUACGUGUAUCGUAGUUUUUGCACAUAUUUUCGUAUUUUCGGGAUUUGUAUAUACAACAGCAGGUAAAUGAAAAUUAAUUUUUAAA